GAUGGGGGGAUGGAAAGGGAAGAAGGGGGGUCGGGCAGCUUUUCUGGGACUCCGCUGGCGGCGACUGUGGGGGGUCUGGGGCGCCGUAACGUGAAAUCGCUACCCCACCCCUGGAACGGAGGCAGCAGGGCAAGGAGAAAGUAGCUUCCCCUGACGGUGCCCAGCAUGUGCUGGCCACUCCACCACCCUGUGCUCUGACAAUGAGCAUCAACUCCUCACUCAGUAAUGAGAAGGCCUUGAGGAACCUCACACUACUGGAAGAUGGGGCAGGCAGAAUUACAGAGUCCAUUGCUCUUAUUGUCAUUGCUAUUUUCAUCUGUUUAGGAAACUUGGUGAUCGUACUGACCCUCUACAAGAAAUCCUACCUCCUCACGCUGAGCAACAAGUUUGUUUUCAGCCUGACCCUCUCAAACUUCCUUCUUUCUGUGCUGGUGCUUCCGUUCGUUGUCACCAGCUCCAUCCGGAGGGAAUGGAUUUUCGGAGUCGUUUGGUGCAACUUCUCUGCCCUGCUGUACAUGCUAAUCAGUUCUGCCAGCAUGCUCACUCUUGGGCUCAUUGCUAUAGACCGGUACUACGCUGUCCUGUACCCAAUGAUUUACCCAAUGAAGAUUACGGGUAACAGAGCUGUUGUUGCCAUUGUGUAUGUGUGGCUGCAUUCUCUCAUUGGAUGCCUGCCUCCUCUCUUCGGCUGGUCUUCCUUAGAGUUUGAUCAGUUCAAAUGGAUGUGUGUGGCUGCAUGGCAUAAAGAGGCUGGAUAUACUGCCUUUUGGCAGAUCUGGUGCGCUCUGCUGCCCUUCAUAGUAAUGAUGAUUUGCUAUGGAUUCAUAUUCCGUGUGGCCAGGAUUAAGGCACGGAAGAUUCAUUGCGGGAGCGUGGUCAUUGCAGAGGAAGAUACCCAAAGGAAUGGGAGAAAGAACUCUAGUACUUCAACUUCCUCUUCAGGCAGUCGAAGGAACGCUUUUCAAGGAGUGGUUUAUUCUGCCAACCAAUGCAAAGCUUUGAUAACUAUCUUAGUUGUGAUUGGUGCUUUUGUGAUCACAUGGGGGCCUUACAUGGUGGUCAUUACAUCCGAGGCACUUUGGGGGAAAAACAGCAUUUCUCCUGCUUUGGAGACAUUAGCAACUUGGUUGUCUUUUACUAGUGCUAUAUGCCACCCUCUGAUUUAUGGACUCUGGAAUAAAACUGUCCGCAAGGAAUUGCUGGGAAUGUGCUUUGGAGACAGGUACUACAGAGAAUCAUUUGUUCAACGGCAGAGGACAUCCAGAUUAUUUAGCAUUUCUAAUAGGAUCACAGACUUAGGGCUCUCCCCACAUCUCACAGCGCUCAUGGCUGGUGAGCGGCCUUUAGGACACAGCAGCAGCACUGGGGACACAGGGUUCAGCUGCUCUCAGGAUUCAGGAACAGAUGUUAUGCUGCUUGAAGACUACAGCUUGGAUGGAGUUAAUCACCCACACUGCAUUUAUCCCCACCGGCGGCGGAGUUCUGUGACGUUUGAAGAUGAAGUGGAACAACUUAAAGACUCUGCAAAGAAUUCUGUUCUCCAUGUAAAAGCUGAAGUCCAUAAAUCUAUAGACAGCUAUGCAUCCAGCUUGGCUAGAGCAAUUGAAGCGGAUGUGCGGAUUGCCUUGUUUGGAGGAGACGCUGUACCUGGCUCUUUGUUUCCAGUGCGGACUGUGGUGGGGAGCAACGCAUGUGCACGACGUGGGGGCAGGGCCCACAUUGGCCAAAGGCUGCAGCUACAAAGCAUCGAAGAAGGGAAUGCUUAAAAUCACCUAAAUAGGGAAGGAACCUACAGAACCACUGAGGGCGACACAGGGCUGCUUUCCCUUUGGAAAAAAAGGAUAGCUUUGAAAAGCAGCCUCCAACAUUUUAGCCAAGGACAUCUGAAAAUACCUGAAGAUUUGUCUUGUACAGUAUUAGAAUUUGUACAUAUAUGUAAAAGAAACCCUACACAUCGUAUGCCACCCUGUAUACCUAGGGCCACUGUGUGGCUGAAUGGCUAAGAAGCAAUGGAACUGUUUUGUUUGUGUGUGUGUGGGGGGGUUAAAUGGGAGGAAUUAGAAACAAGCCAAAUUUAUUAAUGAACUGAAAAUUGUUUUCCUUCUCUAACAAUGCGAUCCUGAGAAUGCCUUCAUGAGAGUAAGCCCCAUUUAAUAGACCUCAGUAGGAUUCUGAGUAAAUCUGGUUAGGAGUGCACUGUAAGUGACACAACUUCUUGCAGUAUUAAGAACAUAAGAACGUAAGAGACGCCAAUGUUGGAUCAGGCCAAAGGCCCAUCCAGUCC